AUGGCUGCCGUGCUUGCUAUGGCUAGCAUCCUACCAGUAUCAGCAACGCCAACAUUCUUCGCAAACAGUCUGAAUGCUCGCGAGGUAGCGAUCAUCUACGGACCAAUAUCGCCAUCUAUCGUCGAGGAAUUUGAAGUACGAACAGUCGGUAGCCAUCUUGCAGCUCAUCAUCCCAGGUGGCCCAACUGGAGCAACAUGUUGAACACUGGAAGACCCUUUGGACUUAGAGAUAGCGAGUCUUUCUACUGGGGAACGAAUGGCAACCCUCUCGCAAACCUGACCGCCUACGCCGACGGCACCGGAAUCAAAAUUCUCUCUCUGGAGCGUUUCAGCAACGUUCUCAAUACUGCGAAAUGUAACGGUAACAGUAUCGAUCUCACCUUCACGGAAGAAGUACAGUUCGACGAGAUCGCACAAGCCUGGCACUGGGUCAAUGACGCCGCUGAGAACCAUAUCGUCUUCGUCACAGAAUCAGCGGAAUGCAACGCCGCCGAUGGCGACGAUGGCGUCCGUCAACCCUGGCUAGUCACAAAUGCAGCAUUCGACGACGCAACGAACAUCGUCACCCUCCAGGCCGAGCCACAAACAUGGGAGCAAGCCUUCAGCAACUGGCAUCUCAGAGUCUCCAACACCGGCAUCCUACCCCCUGAACACCAACGUCGUCUCCUAGCUCGCAACAGCAUCGACAAGCGAGUCAGUCUCGACUUCGACAAAAGCAUCCCAAUCAGCCACUCAUUCACAAGCAGCAGCCUCGAGUACGGAAGCCUCACCCUGACGUGCAGCGACUGCAAGAUCGAAGGAGCUCUAGAUUUCGACAUCGACAUCUCACCGAAAGUCCUCACUAUCCAUCCUGGUCUUGAUGGAUACGUCAGGUUCGGGGCAACAGGCAUCGGUGCCACUGUGGAAAUCACCGCAGAACUGGCAGCUGGUGAAGCACCGUACAAGUUCGAGAAAGAGCUCUUCGACAUCGCGCUGCCUUACAGUAUCAAGAUCCCGCACGUCAUGACGCUGGGACCGCAGUUGAAGUAUGAGAUGACAGGAUCCAUCGGCAAGACCGAGUCCAAAGCCUCCAUCACCACCGGCCUUCAACUCUCAAUCCCAAACAACGCAAUCUACUACCACUCCUUCGACGACUCCAGCCAAGACCAAAUGGCCUACUGGACGCCCAAGCUCACACCCAUUGAACCCGAUAUCGAAAUCUCCAGCUCCGCCUCCGCGACCUUCGCCGGCGAAGUCAGACUCGUCCUCGAAGGCAGCGUUUUAAAUCUUGACGCCGAGAUCGGUUUCUCGCUCGCAGCGCCGUCAUUUAACAUUCAAGCCGCGACGAGUAAGGAGUGCGGGAAAAAGAAGGAUAAGGCGGGGGUGGAGGUUGAUGUUGGAGUGGGUGUGGAGAUUAAUGCAUAUGAGGUUGCGAAGGCGGAGUUUUUGGGCAAGGAGAGGAAGGCGGAGGCGAAGCAGCCGAUUUUUUCGACCACGAGGCCGUUUUAUUCGACAUGUGUUGUUACGCCGACGGCGAGGAGGGUCGUGUAG